UUCUGCGCGGAGCGCGUGGUCGGAGAAGAUAACUUUUCGCGCCGCGGACGAGAUGGAGGUGGAAUUAAAGUGUCCCGUGUGUUGCCGACUUUAUUGCAACCCUGUCUUGUUGCCUUGUUCUCAUUCUCUGUGCCUGGCAUGUGCCGUUAGUGUCCAGGUACCCUCCCAGCAACUGGGCACAAAUUCGGAGGAGAAUAACUCUGGAUUACCCGACUUGGAUUACCCCGAUAUUGACAAGCUAAGUUUAGUGAGCGAAACUGAUAGUGGAGUAGUGGUCAAUAGUAGGCCCAGUAGUUAUGUUGGGACUCCUAGCAUUGGUAAUAUAUACUUUCAGUCCUCCCAAGGCAGUACUUUAGGUCUCUCAUGCCCAUCAUGUAGGAGGAAUGUGUACUUUGAUGAAACAGGUGCAAACAGUUUACCUAAAAAUCGUGUUUUAGAAUCAAUUGUGGAUAAAUAUGGGGAAAAUAAAAAAAUUGUUGUCAAGUGUCAAAUGUGUGAAAAGGACCCUCAUGAUGCCACCUCAAUGUGCGAACAAUGUGAGGUUUUCUACUGCCAGGCCUGUCGGGAUAGUUGCCACCCUCCGCGUGGGCCGCUCGCCAAACACAACCUUGUGGCGCCCUCCGAAGGCAAACAAAUUCUCCGUGCCAAGAAUAAAACGAAGGAGACGCAAUGUCCAGAACAUCAAGAUGAGACACUGAGUAUGUACUGCACGUUAUGUAAAGUGACUUGCUGCUACUUGUGCGUCCAGGAUGGACCUCAUACCCACCAUGAUGUUCAAGCCCUUGGUGCUAUGUGCAAGGCUCAAAAGGCUGAACUCUCACAGAUCUUACAAACUUUAUCAGAAAAGGCGCGGACGGGGACCGAGUUUAUCCAGCGGUUGAAGUCCCUGCAAGACAGAGUACAGGAGAACUGUUUAGACUUUGAGUCAAGCGUAGUAGCCCAGUGUGAUGCCCUGAUCGACGCGAUCCGAUUAAGGAAGCAGCAACUCCUAGACAACAUCGAGCGAGAGAAGGAUCAGAAGAUCAUGAUGUUCAGAGACCAAGUGGCACACUGCACGGGGAAACUCCAGCGAACCACGGGCUUGCUACAGUUCAGUAUAGAGGUGCUAAAAGAACAGGAUCCCAAUGCAUUUCUUCAGGUUGCUGGUCCUCUGAUCAAUAGGGUCGGCAAUGCUGAUCUGACCUUCAACAAGGAGAUGGAGCUCGAGCCGAGAAUUCAACCCGACUUUGAGUGGACGCUAGACAAUAGCCAAGCCAUGCAUGCAGUCACCACGCUUAAUUUCUUCCAAAUGAAAGAUGGUUUAGUCGGUGAGUACAAGCUGCGCAAAAAGCUCAUCCUGCGGGGGACGAGGUCAUCGGUGAGACCAAAACCAAAAACCAUUACUCCAACCACAUCUAGUAUUACAUCUAGUAUUAACUCAAGGAUCGCCCAAAAGGCUCCUGAUGCUCCAUUGAUCAUCCCAGAGGACUGUACCGCCGAGAAUAACAGCGUGACGAUCGCGUGGCAGCCACAUCUUGGGAGCAUUGUUGACGUCUACACGCUUGAACUUGAUGACGGUAAUGAAGGAGCAUUUAGGGAGGUGUAUUGUGGCCGAGAAACAAUCUGUACAGUUGACGGUCUUCACUUCGACAGUAUGUACCAAGCUCGGGUGAAGGCACACAACCAUGCUGGAGAGAGUAUCUACAGCGAACCAAUCUGUCUACAAACUGCUGAAGUUGCGUGGUUCCAGAUGGAUCCAGGCUCAACCACACCCGAUGUGAUCUUCACCGGUGGCAACCUGACCUUGACCUGUACAAGCUACGAAGAUCGCGUCAUUCUCGGCAACGUGGGCUUCUCCAAAGGCGUCCAUUAUUGGGAGAUCUGUAUCGACCGUUACGACAACCAACCAGACCCCGCAUUUGGAAUCGCAAGAUUUGACGUGAAUAAAGAAAGCGUACUCGGAAAAGACGACAAAGGCUGGUGCAUGUACAUCGACUCCUCUCGAAGUUGGUUCCGACACAACGGAGAGCACACUGGACGAACAGACGGCGGCAUUCAGAAGGGAAGCAUCGUCGGUGUUCUACUAGACUUAAAUCAACACAUGAUUAGCUUUUAUGUAAAUGAGGAGCCCCAUGGACCAAUAGCAUUUACGAAUCUCCACGGUGUAUUUUUCCCAGCGAUAAGUCUGAAUCGUAACGUACAAGUGUCGAUGCACACGGGACUUGACAUACCAUGUGACUCCGAUACGGAGGAUGAGUGAAGUCACCUGACCUUCGAUGGCAAAUUGUAUCAACUUGAAAUACCUCAUCAAAGUCAGCGGUGCACUCUGCUAGAAACUCAAAUUACUCAAUCGGACGCUUUCUGUUCACCAAAGAAAGAUUCAUGUUUUUGAUGCAGAUUGAUGUUCAGCUGAACUAAGUUUGAGAGAUUUGGCGCAAGUUUUCAAAAGAUGCUGGACUUUCCGACCAAUUUUGUCUGUGGCUGAGGUUUAAUAUUUCGGGCCAAUGACUGGUAUAAGUUCCAGAUACUGAUUGAUGUGUAUGUGACCACUCUGCCAACUGAUGGAUGUGCUGCAAUGUACUGUGGCCCUAAUACGUUUAGGCACGAGUCGAUUUGAGGCCCAGACUUUUGGCCUUACUGAAUUGUUCAAGGCACGAGAAGGUUACAUGUAUAAAGAGUAAUACAACCUAUGGUUGUAGUCUAAGAUUGCAGUUGUUCUGGCUUGAUGUAGUUUGUAUAUUACAGAUAAGAAUUUGAGUUUCGUGUUCUUAAAUGUGGUUCUUUGACUACGAUGUGCUGUUCGAUUUCGGGAAAAAAGCAAGUGGCUUUCAAACCAUUUUGUUCUUAACAUUUCAAGAAUUUUGUCUGUUCAUAGUUCAAGUGUAAACAACGAAAGAUUUUAAGUUCUGAUUUAUUAGGUCGGAUGAUGUUCUGUCAUGUGAUUUGACUAAAGGAACUGAGAUCAGUGAUGUCUUUGGAGACAAGUUUGGGAAUUAUGACCAAUUCUUAUAGAAGGCUUAAUGAGUUAUGACCUGGGUUUUAUACCACGAUCCAGUGAAAUUAUGUUAGAUCGGGGAUGUGAAACAUUUUAAAGAUCAUGUGCUGACUUAAUGCUCACUCAGGCGACAUUCCUGCCGUUGUUAAACAUUGUGUCAUCGAAUCAAAAUCAUGUCAUGCCAUCUAUUGACACCGUGACUAUGAACAAGUUGUGAUAAUAUUCCAGUAAAUACAGGGUGACCCAAAAAGAUGGAGCACACAGCAAUUGUCAUUUUGUGUCUCUCAAGAGUAGAUGCUCAAUGAUGCAGAACCCUAUCACUGAUGGAAACAAGAUGAAUCUUAAAUUCAUUCCACCCAUAUCAUAUAAUAUACUUCUCACUAUUUGUACUCUAAAAUUUUAGUCUAUAUUUCAAGUGUUGCACUUUUUUGUGGAGCACCCUGUAUUACUUCAAACAGUGUUUGCUGAAACACCUGUGCAUUUUCUUAUAUGUUGUACUAGAAUAUGUACUGAUGAUUGUGGCAAACUCAAGAUGAAACUGACCAGUUUAUUAGCAAUGUAUUCAUAAUUGCCGCUUUGUAUUAAUUUAUUUUACUUGCUGUAUAAAAUGCUUUCCAUUAUUAGAGUAUUUGUAAAUACUAGUUGAAAACAAAUGUGAAGAUAAGAUGAAGGGUAUCGUUAUACUGAAUACCAUUAUUUUCAGUAUUUUCUCACAGUGGUGGAUCCAGAAAUUUGGGAGGGGGAGCCUCAACCAAAGAGCACUGAAUGGGCCAAGGGAUCUGGGGACCCUCCCCUAGAAAAUGAUUGAAAUUUAAGUGCAAAUAUGCAUUUUUUUGGCAUCUGAGGGUUCUAAUUAGAAGUAGUAAUUUGCUUAGAGAAGUUCUCUGAAAAAUCUUUGGUCUCGGCCAAAAAAAGUGGGCAAGGGCCUCAUGCAUCGCCCUGAUAAAAUGACUGGGGAAGGGAUUUAGUUUAAAAACUUGCCAUUGUAGUAUGGUUGCUAUACCAUCUAUCACUGCCUUUGAUUUGUCAACAAAUUGGUAUUGUUUACCACCUCGAUAACAUUAGAUCUCAAGACUCAUAUGUGUUUUAAAGGGAACUGGAACCGCCAAGCCAGUUCGUAUGACCUCGUUUUCAUUUCCCGCGUAUCGGGUGAUCAGAACGAGGCAUGAAUGAAAAAAGGCACCUAGCUGUCAAUCAUUGAGUGACGUCACUACUAUGGAAUUUACUACAAAAACUCAUGAAUGAAAGAUCGUAUGACUCACGUGAUUCUCACAUGAUUCUCAAUAAUAACAAAUUGAACUGCGCAUGCUCGGGCACUGGGGGCGGAGCUACAAAUCUGAACUCGAAUAGGAAGUUGGAAGUUUGAUUUUCUCGGGCGGUGAAAGUCGAAAAGUUUAAUAAAUCGCUCGGCGGUUCCAGUUCCCUUUAAUUGUUUCAUUUAUUCAUAUUUAAUAAGUUACCAGACCAUCAUACAAAAAUAUUGUGCCACUUUCAAAACCUGUGCAGGAUGACAUAUUGGCCUACGACUGUACUUUUUCACAUUGCAACUGGCAACCAACUAUCAAGGCAAAUGUCAGUGUUAAGCUUUGUUCAGUCUGUAAGUCUGUUCAGCAUUCAAACCUUUGUAUAAAGUUGUACAUUUCUGUGUUUGUAAAAAUCAUUGACCCCGAAUUUAGGAUAGCAUUCUGCUUAGCUUCCCUUCAUAUUAGGCUUCAGUUGUACCUGACGUCGCACAGCACUGUGAGUAAUUAUGCUAGCUAUUGUGUUGAACUUAAAGCUGGCUCUCCCUGGUUAAGUCAUAUCCUCUGUUUGUUCAUGGACCUUGCCUGCCACUGAAAUAGUCACAUAAGUUUUGAUGUGCAUUUCAUUUGAUGUCAUAACCAGGCUAGUUGGAAAAAUCAGUCACCUUGACACUGUAUCCCUAUUUGGGAUUUUGCGGGACAAAAUUGAAUGGAGAGGUCUUUUUACUGAACCUUGGUUGAAUGAGCAAUACCUUGUGUACAGUUACACCAUUAGCUAAACUAAACUUAAGUGUGAACAAGCUAUUUAAUUGGCAUUUCAGAGCCAGAUUAGAAUCUGCUAAUUGCUAAACAUGGUUAAGUUUGCAUUGUAGACCAGCUUGAUGAUUCCCAGGCCAUGUUUUGUCGCCAAGGUGAUUUGACGUGGGUGGCUUAUUUUGACAUCAAUCUUCCCAUGUCUGACGUCAUGGAAUGGGCCGCCCUCCUGGGACCCACCUCUGUGUUUGACACUUCCUCGUUCCUCCAUUACGUCUUGGGAAUCAUAUCUUCACUUGAGAAAGAUCUGAAAAGCAGUUCGAUAAGUUACAUAAUCAAUCACAGUGCACAAGGCAGUCAUUUGUAGAUAUAUUCCUUGUCUUCAUGCUGUUGAGAGCUACUUAUUGAUAAAUAAAGUCAUAUUUAUCCUA